AAACGCCACAUAUUCCUGACAUCCCGGUCCGGGCCACCUGUUGCGGGUGUGUUUGGCUUUUUAAAAGCGUCCUGAAGCGGGCGGAGCUACGGGACGCAGCACAGAUUACAGCAGCGCCGUGAACGCCAUCUGUUCUGCUCCGCUUCCGUGAAACCCGAGUCCGGUCUCAAGAUGGUGACCAAGAGGAUGCGCUCGGAGUACAUGAAGAAGUUCAAAGACCCCAAAUGGGAGACCUACACGAAGUGUUACGAGGAGAUGCUGAAGUACAGGCUGACCCGCAGGCUGCUGGAGCACACGCACAACCCCUGGUUCUGGAGUGGCACCGACAGUGAUUCAGAAUCUGGAGGAAGAAGCCCCCCUCGUCCCAGUAAGAACCAGGUCCAGCCCGAGACCAGCAGAGAUGGGAUGGAGGUUCAGCUGGAGGAGUGUGAGGGGGCGAGGAUGGAGCGAAAGCAGGAGCAGCUGAGCAGAGACUCCGGGUCUGUAUCCAGGCUUCCUCUUCCAAAGGAGGACAAGGUGUCCGUCCAUGGCUCUCAGCUUAAAGGUGCCAGAGAGACAGAAGCACCGGAGGAGAGAGAGGAGCAGGCUCACAACCAAGACCGAGAGAGAGACACUGGAGGAACCAGACCACAGCAGAGUAAAGCCGCCAAAUCCUCAAAGCAAAUAUGGCGCUCCCAGCGGGUCAGGCCUGCGCCAACACAGCAGCCCAGGGACGACAGCAAAGACCGCAGGCAUCCUUUCGCUCUGUACGGGUCAGGAGAGAAGGAAGCAGACAUGGCGAGCAGGAAGACACACAAUGUUGGCCCUGCAGCUUCGACUACUGAGAUCCAUGAGUCGGCUCUUCGUGCUAAGGUCAGGCGGGAGGUGGAGCACCAGAUGCAGACCCAGACGACUGAACGCCGGAGAGCCAAGUCUGCCGAUCUGGACAAGGACAGAAAGUUGGUUCAACCAGAAUUCAACCCCUGGAUCACAGAGUACAUGCGCUGCUUCUCUGCUCGCUCACGAUAGGACACACACGCACACACGGACAUUCACACACACUCAAAAUUUAAAAAAAAUACAAAAUGAAAGCCAUUACUGCCUACCGUCACUAAAGUUUAAAUACCCACAGCCGUAGAAUAGAGCAUGGGUGGAUUGAUUCAAUCAAAGGCUCUUAAAUGUGUUGAAGGUGGAAACUGACAACACUUUGAAAUUCACUGUGUGGCUUAUUCCCCCAGAUGUGUACUAUCAUGUUUUUACAUAAAUCAAUUGUAUUAUGUAUAUACAACAAUAACCAUUUUACAGGGUAUAAGAGACUCUUGUAAGAGAUGGAUUGAAAGUGUAAGUAUACUUAAUAGAUUUGUUAGCUAUUUUGAUUAGAAUGAAGAGUCUAAAAUGCAUUUUACAGCCAUACUUUAGUGCAAUCCCUUUAAACAGAGGCUGUACAAAACAUGUGCAUGUCUUUUCUACAGGGAUAUCAAACCAGUGGACUAACAGGGGUAAUGACGGCACAUGGUUGAAUAGAUUCAACCACAUUCAUAAAAAGGCUUCUGAGAUCUAAUGUGCGACCACUAACAUGAAGAAUGUGCAUACACUUGUUUUAUGUAUACAUAGACACAACUAAACACACUUACAGUAAUAUGUCUGUUAAAGAGUUUUACAGCUUUGUACUUUGAGAUAUUGGAGCUCUGUGACCUGGGUCUUGUAGGUUUAAUGUUUUUUGUAGAAGUUCAUGGAUCAAUCCUGACUGAGUUUGUUUAGAUAAAUAGUGAAUCACACUCCGUCAAACUCUGUCAAAUCACAGUUUUUCUCACCGGCUUUUUCUGUGGUCGGACAGUGUUAUUGAUUUCAAAUAUUCUCAUCACAACAUUUGCAUUUGUUCUUUAGUUUAGUUAUUUAGCAUUAUUGCAGUGUGAAAAUACAUGUUUGACUUUCAAAGCCAUUGGACGUCUGAACAUUGUGUCUGUGUUGCUAUGGAUACUGCAGAGUUUCUGUCAUACUGACUCGUCAUGGCACUCUUUCUACCACAAAAGAUAUAAUAUAGAAAAUGUCAUACAGCUAAUUCAGGUUCCUACUAAGCAUAACAAUCAAUUGUUGAGGCCCACAAUCUUCAUCAUUACUGUUUCUGAAUAUGCUUUAGAACCAAAAGUGGAACCAUAACAAUGAUGGACGUUAAGCUGGCGCUAAAUGAGCGUCAGAAGUACCUGAGUACAUAUUGCUGAUUUACUGCUUACUGUUUAAAGCAGAAUACACUCUAAAGCAGGAGCACCACAGCACUUUGAUAAAUAGUGACCGUUCUGUAAUAAUCUGUAGAUAUUAAUGUAGAUACAGAAUUCCUUGCUACCAUUUGGCUUUUCGGGUCGUUUAUAUCUCUAUCAUUUGUUCUAUGUGUGUAAAAUGUUAUUUGUACUUGCAUAAGAAAACAAAAAUGGACUUUUAAUCCUUUGUGGAAUGGAUCUGGCCUUUUCAUCAUCAAAACCACUAGAAUCCGAUCCCUGUGUUUCCUCGUGUCAGUAAUCAUGAUCAAAUCAGCGCUGUUCCAUAAAAACUGGAGAAAAGACCGUUUCUCCUUUGCACAACUGUAUUGAUGUUAUUGAUGUGAAUAUUGUGCGGAAAAAAAGGGUUGACAUUUAACAUUUUCUCAGAAUUGUUUUAAGUAUUACAUUCCUCACUAUUGUAAUGAUUUAGUUGAUCGGUGCUUUUAAGUUAAACCGGAAUAUAAAUCAAACAAAACAUGUGACAUUUUAUGCAGUAUUAUGAUACUUUGAAUAAUUGCCUUCAAGCCAGUUUGUUUUUUUAGAUGUAGUGAACUUUGACAGUCUCAGAAAGCAGAAGUGGAAUAAGACCGACUUUACUUUUUUUAAAUGUUAGGUACUAAGAACAAACUUUUAAAUUAAGAUUAUCUCAAUGUUGAUUUAGCCCUCCUUCUUGUCACAUGCGUUUCUCAGUUUUCUUUACAAUGUAUAGCAGAGAUCCAUCAAGCCCAAAUACUCCUUUGAGAAAAGACAUAUUCAUCACAUAUGAUCAUCCUACUCAAGAAAUGUAAUCAGGCAUAAGGAAGAAGAAAUAGAGGUUAUGACCAAUAAAGCACCAGAAGUACUUACAGUACGUUUUACCUCUUGACAAACUCCACAGUGGAGUCUGGCUUUAGUGAAAAAGAUUCUCCUGUUCACAUAUUUAAUUGAUGACAUUAGGGGCGCAACGAUUACAGAAUAAUGUAAAAUGAUGUUACUUAACAUUUUGUUUACAUUUUAGGCUUUCAACUGACUAUGUACAUUUCUUAUUUGAUGUGGAGUAAAAGACUGUUGAAGUUAAA